AUGAUUGAUGGAUCGUCUCUUUUUCUCAGACAAGCCUGCAUUUCAGUGGCACUUUCUACUCUGAUCAUUUAUGAUUAUGCUUUGCGAAUAGAUCGAGAGUUGUAUAUGCCAAUGCUAAGGUCGAACUCAUUUGGGUCGAAAAUUGUGUCCGAUGUGUCUGUAUUGCUGCCCGACAAGCUUCAUCCACAUAGAUGUACGGAGGGUAUCGUGAUAGGAAUCCCAGAGUGCUGGAUCCACCCGCCCACUGCGCCCCUUACCUGGGUGAAUCCCGUCAAUAACGGCGUUUCUUUGGCAUUUGACGCCAUCUUACUUGCAAUGGUCAUGUUUCGAUACUUUUGGCAACUACGGGAAAAGCAAAAGCAGAGCCCAGCGAUAGGGCUAGGCGGAAUCAUGGACCUUCUUGUUCAACACCAUUUGGUGUACUUCGGAUUGUAG